UCCCGGGUCCUUAAGCACUUCUCUCCUCUCUCUUCUGUCUACAGUGACACAGAGUGCCACCGGCCGACCGACCGACCGCCCGCCCGCCCGCCAUUUCUGUUUGCUGCAAUACAAAGAGGCAUUUGAACUUCACCUAUACUCUUGCAUUUUCUUCCGUUUUCAGAUUGUGAGCUAGCGUUCUGACACUACCUUUGGAGGCUUGUGUAGGCUUCUGGAGAAAUUCAUUUCCUUUAUGUGUCGAGAUCUCUAUAUAUUUUGGGAUAUUUAACAUGGCAGCCUCAUUGCAUGUAAGUGGAGUCAAAACGCCAUACCCAGCUAUCGCAAAGAGAGCUUCCUGUCUUCGGCCUGUUUAUUCACAUCCAUGGCUCGAUUUUUCUGUAUCCGUGGCUCCUGUUUAUGGACUAUGUACGUCACUGAAGGGCUCAUGUAGGACACAAGACCUUCGAAUUAGGUGUGAGGCUGGGAACGUUGAUAUAAGGAAUGGUACUGAGAGCCAAUGUUCUGAAGAAAGUGCUAACGAAUUGACAUGUGUAAUGAAGUUUGGGGGAUCUUCUGUUGCCUCAGCAGAUAGAAUGAGAGAAGUAGCUAAUCUCAUUCUCAGAUUUCGAGAAGAAAGACCUGUCAUUGUUCUUUCUGCAAUGGGGAAAACAACCAAUAAACUCUUGAUCGUACUUCUUAAAUCCUGCUAUCGUUUUCUCAUGUUGAUUCCUGUAUUCUUU